AUGAGCAGUAACGAUGGCACCGAGCCAGAGCGAAAACGAGUGUUCGAUAGGUCGGAUACUUCGGUGACGCCUUCAGUGACGUACACUCAGGUGGCCAGCGCCACCCCCCUACGCAAGUCAAGUACGCACCAGAGUCCCAAAUCGCUAGUCAGUAAAAAGGAGGAAACAUCUGCUGUGCAGUCCCCAAAGAGUGCACUCGAUGCCAAAGAGCAUGACAAGUCCAGGACGGAGCACAGUCAUGUAAAGCAGCAGACACCCAAAAAGACUCGCACCCCCAAUGCGAGCAGUAACGUCAGCCCGAAAAGCAAGCCAUCCAAUGUUCCAGUUCAGGAAGGCAACGAGCUGUCAAAUGAAUCCAUUGACAACAAAGUUCUAGCUGUCAUCCAGAGUGCGGUCAACACAAGCAGGAGCUUUCAGGUCCAGGCGACAUCCUCGGGGACAUCUCCCGCCCAAGAGUCAUCCGGUAGCAGCGAUGAGAAGAAGGCUAUAGACCAAUCAUCUCUGAAUGAGCCCCAAACAAUCUAUACGGAGCCAAUUUCCAUCGUCAUCAACUACAUCGAAAAGAACUGCGAUAAGGUGGAAAACUAUCUACUAGGGGUGGGGGACCAUUCCUUCAUAGGGGUCUUCAGUGCUAUAAUGAAGUCUUUCUACGAGACAGGAUUUGUCUCACUCAAGCAACUCUCAAUGUACAGGGCUAAGGCGCCUGAUUUCUUUGCCAAGCUGUCGCACUUUCUCAUGCAGAUGGGGCUGGAGUACGUUAACCAAAUGAAUAAGCAGAACGACACAACCCCGCAGAAUUCGUACUCGGCAGCCUAUAUUGUCGCCUGCGCCAUGGAAUGCAUGACAGAUACUCAGCGCAAGCAAUAUAUUUAUCAGCUGAGGCGAGACUCCUCAAAUAGGUUGAGGCAGAGGCGAGGGUUCAACACGAAGAGGGUCGAGCUUAACAGACUGAGCCAGAGGAGUGUGCAUGGAAUCUCUCACUGCAGCUUCUUCCAGCACCACUUUCAGGAAAAGGUUAUCAAUCUUAGGGGAUAA